AUGAAUAGCUUCGAAUCGCCUCUCUUGCCCUCAUUACGAGCCUUGGUGCGCGAAUGCGUCGGGCAUCCUUGGGCUGGAGGCAGGGCUACGUGGCAAAUGAUCGGGGUACCGCGACGAGCCUACCGCACGGCUGAGCUUCAGCACCCGCCCGCCCGGUCGAAAAGCCUGAUUUCACGUGAAACGGCAUUCGACUUCCUUGCGCUCCAAAGAUGCGAUGGGAUUUAUUAA